UAUUUAACGCGCAUUUCGCGCCGUGUGUGCCGAUUUGUUUUUUUUUCUUCUUUUCGUAUAUUCUCUCUGUCUCUUCUACACCGAAGUGAUAUUUUUUCCGUUUGUCAGUGUGAUGUUUGCGGGAUGUGAUGAGUCAAUUAUCAGCUUACUGGUGUGAAAUCAAAACAAAGAACAAAAAAGUAGAUAAAUAAAGAACACCACCAUCGAGUACAGUGUAAUUGAAAAAGUGCGUGUGAAAGACAACAGCCGCAUCGAAUCCAAAUCAACAACAACAACAAAAAUCAAGUGAAUUCCAGAACGAAAACGCGGCGCGCAAAACUCACAAAUCAAACGGCAAAAUAUUUGUGGAUUGUGUGCGUUGGACGUAAGAAAUUAAUUCUGUGUAUCUUUUCUUCUGUCGUGUGUGCGUUGUGCAAGAACAAGUGUAUGUAGUGUGGCGAUGUGGGAAAAGAAUCCACCAACUUCAUUGAGAAAAUAACGAGCGCGCUCCCAAAUUUGAUCAACGCCAAAUUCGGCGUGAAUUGUGAAUAUACAAGAUAACAGGAUGUGACGAUGUUGUUUGAGUGGCAUUUAGCGCGCUGAUUAUAUCACAAACAUGGAUUUAUCGGCGAAAAUACGUUACACAGACACGAGUUAUAUAAUAGCGCAGCAAUGGUCGAAAGGAGGCGAGAAACACACAUUCCCAAAUGUUUAUGCGUGCAAUUAUAAUCGGCAGAAAUUUGCCAAUUUGGCAAAAUGUGACGAAAAACAAACGAUUCCAACGACGGCAAAGGCGAUAAAAAGACCACUUCCAGUUGUACCGCCGAUGCCACCAACGCCGCCACCGCCAGCCAAACCAGAUGACCUUAUCGAAGACGAUAACAAAAUUGACGCCGAUGAGCAACGAGAGGUGCUGCCAUCAAAUGGUGAACGAAAACAGAAGAAACGAAGAACAAGGUCUCUGGAACGCCUCCGUGAUCAAUCAAAUGAUAUCGAGCUAUCGGACUCCGACGAAGACAUUGCAAUCGCACAGAAAAUCCCAAUCAUAAAAUGUACAGAUGAAGUAGAUGCUUCAGCAACCUCACCAUCCAUGAGCGAAGCGAUUAAUGCACAUAGCAACACGACGGCGGAUGAACCGGCAAUAUGCGCUGAUAGUCCGGGGCUAGCAAUCGAUGCAAACACAUUCAGUGACAAAAGUCAAUUGUCAUUCGAUGAAAUUCUCAAAAUUGAAGAGACAUUCGAUGACGAUGGUGCCAUUGGUUUUAUGAAUCAAAGCAUCGUAGUCGAUAUUCAUGCCGAACCAACGAUUGAACUGCGGAUUCAUGAAAGCGACAGUGAUCCGGCGAUCGUAGCUUCAAAAUCGGUGACCGGCAUUUUGAAUGCAUUCAAGUUAACCAAAGAACAAAUGAAAUCCGAUUUCGAACAGGAACGAUGCUUUAGCGAAGACGAUGCUGUCGAUCCUGAUGCAGACGAUAAUAAAGAAAAACCCGAACGACUGGUGCAAAGUGACAGUGAAGUGCUAUCGAAAACGCCAUUAAAAUUAGUUAUUGAAUGUGAUAUAAACGAAAAUGUUAUUGUUAACGAAUCAAAAUCACGCGAAACCAUUCUUGAUCUUGACCACAAUCAUAACGAUAUUGUGAAAGCCGCCGAAAUUGUCACGGACCAAACCCAAAUAAAAACCAAACAACCACGCGUUUCUGAAACAAAUGCUGAAAUAAAAUUUGUGCAAAAUCGUGAGAGUCCACCGAUUGUUCCGCAAAAUGAGCAACCGAAACACGAAUCCAUUUCAUCACGUUCCAGUUGCGAAUCAGAUGGCAAUGAACCAGUUUAUGCCACGGUUGACACAGCAUUGAAUACGGUGAGUGUAAAUGUUAUGGCAUCAGUUUUAUACCUUCGAGAUGAUUUACGAUUUCGGCCACCGCCCGACAACCGUACCAUUCAUAAUGGAAUAGUGCUAAGUAUAAAUAAAAACUACGAUGCCAAACCACUGAUAUCAAAGUCGCAAACGUUUCCCUUGAAGUUGUCGCAACAUUAUCAUCAUGAUAAAACGGCUGCCGAUCACUUGGGCUUGAAUUAUGUGACCGAACGUAUUUUGGCGUCGGUGCUGCCGCAUCGAGUACAGAACCAGCAGCAGAAACGUGAUAAUGAACUGGCGGAUGGGCCACACAUUGGCGAUGCACCGCAAGACAUCUACGAACAAGAGCUAAUAUCGAUGUUGGAACAAAAACACGGAAAGAAUUACAAAUUGUUUGAUUUGGAGUCAUGCAUUUCGACGAUAACGCUGGAGAAGCUGUGCGAACUGUGCAAACACAUGGACUGUUGGCUGGGAAGCGGUCGCGAAAAAGUUGUCAUCCUUCAAGAUCGAGGUGACCGUCAGCGAUUGGGAUCAGCCAUCGCCGCUUAUUUGGAGUAUUUGAACAUUUGUGCUUCGAGCUAUGCACAUCGAAAUGGUUUAUCGAAUGAAGAUGCACGCGCCCAGAGUUCAAUCGCUCGUAAUUGGCUCGACCUGGACAUUUUCUCCAUGAAAAAGUUCCUCCUUGAUGUAAUCGGGCCGUUGCGUGUACCAUCACAUCGUCGGUAUUUGCAAUAUUUUUCCGGUUUGCUAUCGGGCAAAAUCAGAAUCAAUUCACAUCCGCUCUACUUGCGAUUCGUCACAAUCGAAUCACCGCCAUCAUGGCUACAGCAUGAAAAAAUCGCAUUGCAACAAGCCGAAUGGCGCAGUUUCAUCAAAAUCUACGAGGGACUCAAUUGUGUUUUCACUUCAGACAUUCAUGUGAUACCAAUUACAACGCGGCAAUUCAUAUACGAAAUCGGACAGUUACGAUUACGCGGCGAUGUGAUAAUUCGGUGCUAUCAAAUCACAGCGAACGAACGAACAAUGAACUUGCACUCGACCAAAUUAUUGAAUCGUGAAUUGAUUUUCUCCACACAAUUCCAUACAUGUGCCAUUACCGAGCGUGAUGUAACGUUCUAUCGCAACGAUUUAGACUAUGCCUGUGACGAUCCUCGAAUUCCAAUCGAUCACAAAGUCACUUUGCAUUUUGGCGAUAAUCAGUUGAACGAGAAUCGUGGUCUUUAUUUCCAAAGUCCGUUGGUGAAACUCGAACCGCUGAAUGCUGUCGCCAAAUACAACAGUUUGGAACGAUUCGAUGACGAUUCAUUGCAUACCCAAGGCCCAUUGGAUGGUUCAUUGUAUGCGACAAUAUUGAAGAGUCCAAGAUCACCACUGAGAUCACCAACAUUUCCACCAGCAUUUAUUUCGAAUAUAGUCAACAAUAAUCAUCAACGAUCCAAUACAAAUUUAACCGUUGUUUCGUCGACACCGAAACCCGAACGAACCUCUUCAACUCAAAAUCUAUUAAUUUCGCCUCCGCCGGAAUUUAGCAAUAAGAAAAUCGUUGAAAUCAAAGAGUGCUACACAACAGUCAGCCCAAUUGGUGCUUCACCAAAACCAGAGAGCAACACAAGCACACUAAAUCGUGAACAAAGCAAAUCGUUAAGUCGAUCGUAUACAUCGACACCAAGCUACGAAGAAAUUCAAGUUCCAUCGCGCAGUUCAUCAAGGGACGCCACACUUCGCUAUCAAACAACACCACGGUCAAGUAGCUCGUUAUCAACGGUUUAUCAACAGCCCGAACCACCAAACCGAUCGUCGUCCGCAUCGCGAGCCGGAAAUUACACAACGAACCAAUCAAAUCAAUAUCUUCGCACCGUUGACAAUUACAAUUACGUGAACGCCGUACAGAAUGGUAAUCGAAAUCAAUCAUAUCAAGACGGUCGAGAGUCCGUUAAAAGCCCAUUAACUCUGUCUAUGGACUCGGGCAUUUCAAGCAGUGGAAUUGCAAACAGACGUAUCCAAGGAUCAAGUGUUUCACCAUCGAGCUAUCCAAGUCAAAGUCCGCAAGAUCGUCAUCAAGAACUGGAUGACAUCCUAAGUGAUAUGCUAUUGACUGUUCAAGGCAUACCGGAUAUUGGAAAAACACAGCACACUAGAGAGGUUCUACGAAAAACAACGACACAAAAUUCGACAGUUCAAAAUCAACGACCGCAACUGCAUUUACAAAUACCAAAACAUCAACAACAGCAACAGCAGCCACUGUACGCUAGUACAAAUACGGUGAAACGUUCUCAAUCGUGUACGUCGCAAGAAGAGAGCAAUUGCAGCACAAUAUCACGAUCGACCGUACACACAACAGGUCACAUACGAGAUCGUGUUUGUGGAGACUUUUAUGAUACGGCAAGCACAGCGACCACCAUAACACCAACACCAAGCGAAAGUGGCCGAAUCACACCGUUUCAAACCAUCGCAUACACACGCAACAGCAACAGCAGCGCUAACCAUCACCACGAAAAUACUAAACUAACGCAACAGGCAAUCGAACAGCGUGAACGCGAGCUCAUCAUGGAUUUGCAAAAUCAGUCGUUCGAUUAUUCGCAGUCGUUGCGGACUGGUUCAUCGGCAGCAGGCCAAGCAAACGAUUUAAAAUUGAACAACAACAAAGUGAACAUCAGUGCUACAUCGGAAGACGACGAAUCGAUUCCAUAUCACGCACGUGAAGAUUCGCGACCAUUUACAUACGGUGAUGCAACGGGCGUGCAAUUGAGUCCAACAAGUGCACGCAAAGCGGGAACAGGAGGCACCGGAAUGAUUAAAUUACAAGCGGGCCUAUCGAGCCCGUCGCUCGUGCGAAAACAUCUUGGCUCAAAUGCCAACCAACAACAACAACAACAAAAUGCAGCACGAAAGAGCCCAAGCAAUGGGCGCAACGAUUUCGAGGAAAUGCUUUUGCAACGCCGCGAAAAAAUCCUCAACGAUAAAUAUUCGAUCGGUGAUAAAACACCAAAUGGAAACAGUGUUUCAGAAACAAACAAUUUAAAUGCCAGUGCAAACAAUAAGUGGAAUAUCAGCAGCAACACACUAAACGGAUAUCAAUACCAUGAACCAUUGAAACGAUCGAACACCAUGGAUGGUGGUUUUGGACGUGGAAACACUAGUGGAUACGUUUCAGAUGGAUCGUCUGGACAAACAUGGUUACAGCUGCAACAACAGAAAUUGCGUGCAAAAAAGGAAUUGCAGCACCGAGGCGAUAACGAUUAUUAUGAGCGAAAUACGAACACAGGCCGACCUCUACGGUCACGUUCAAGUCAGUCGUCGCAUCGAUACGAUGGCUAUUCGAGCGAUACAGGCGCCUUUGAUUCGAGAGCGUUCACCGAUGAAGUUGACUAUCGCCGGCCGUUGCAUGUGCAAACGCCGAAUCGACCGAAUGAACGCUACCACACCAUCACAAAAACCACAACGAUGACAAAUGAACGUCCUUUCGUUUCAGUGAAACGGGCUCACGAACAGUCCAAGGCAAACAAUAACAUCAUCGGGUCACCAUCACCAUUAUCAAUAUUGAAUGCAUCACCGCACGGUCAUAUUGCACAAGCACAAUCACCAAAUCACAAUCAAAACGGGCUUUUAUCAGUAGCUGAUAACAAUGAAUUAUCCCCAGUGCGUAACGGACAUGCUCGAUUGGAGUCCGACAGUAGUAAUAGUUCACCGUUAUCGUCAUCAAAUAUGAGUAGUAGUAGCCCAUCGGUGACGGCAUCACCACCGCUUGAUAACCGAACAAUAGCCUGCGAUAGCACCGAUAAAGUGCAACAACCGAACAGUGGAACGACAACAAAUGGACCGAUGAUGAGAAACUAUCACACAAAAGCGCCAAUUAUUAUCGAAGAAAAUGGUAAUGAAAUCGAUGAUGACACAAGCUACAUGGCACUGGAUCAAUUGCUGGCAUCGCUGGCACUCGAAAACGAUAUAAUGGAACGGCAUUUGUCACAAAUCAAUAAUAACGAUACCAACGGCAUCAAAUUCAAGCAUCAAAAUCAAACAAACGGUGGUGUAUUUUCGUUUGAAACGAAUGCACGUGAUCAUUACAUCAGCAGCAAUGGCAACUAUCCAAAGGCCAAAACAAAUGGAUUCGACGAGAAUCUCAACGAUGUUCUAGCUAAUUUAAUUGAAUUCACCGAAAAUGAAUCGCAACCACCGCAACAACAGCAUCAACAACACAAUACCAAUAUUCAUAUGAAUUCCUAUGCAAAUGGCCAUCAUUUGGUCAACGGAAGCAACAGCAACCACCACAACCAUCAUCCACAUUUGCCGCAUUUUAAUCAUUUGAAUAACAAUUUCAACAACAAUAACAAUCAUAUCAGUAGUAAUUAUGUAACGACAAAUGGCAACGGCAUCAAUAACAAUCAUAUCAAUCGCGCUCACAAUUACCAUGAGCCCAGCAAUAAUGCUAUCAAACGGCUCACAUCCGAAUCUGAAAAUAGCUCAUCCGUAUCACCAAGUCUGUCUGAACGAAGCAAUGGCAUUGUUUCGUGGAGCGAUCAGGUACGUGAAGAGUCAUUUUCAUCAUAUCGAUCUGAAACCGAGCCGGAAACAUCGUUGGCUGGAUCACCACGGCCCGAAACACCAGCCUUCCCACUCACACCUCGCACACCGUACGGCUUGAAUGGCAACAGUCCAGCUCUGCCUCCAAAGAGUCCUACUUCAAUUCGACGCUUAAAUAUGAUACACAACAAUGGUUCAACAUGGUCACUACGAAGUGGUAGAUCGACAGCAACCACAUACGAUUGGAGCAAAGAGUUUUAUUCUGGAGGACAAACGCAUCAUAUAAAUCAAAAUGACGUUUCGUGCUACACAUCACGUCGCAACUCAACCACAUCGACGGCAAACAGUGAACCGCAGGAAAUUGCACCGCAUUUGGUGAAGUUUGUGCGUGAUUCGUCGAAAUUCUGGUAUAAGCCAACAAUUUCUCGUGAAGAAGCGAUUGCAUUGUUGCGAAACGCUCUUCCAGGCAGCUUCUUAGUACGAGAUUCAACAACAUUUGCGAAGGCAUUCGGUUUGGUGUUGAAAGUAGCACAUCCACCGCCAGGCGUACAGUCAAAGGGAACGGGUGAUGAGCUCGUGCGUCACUUUUUGGUGGAGCCAACGACACGUGGCGUUCGGUUGAAAGGUUGCUCCAAUGAGCCCGUCUUUACAUCACUGUCAGCCUUAGUCUAUCAACAUUCAAUCACACCGCUCGCUUUACCAUGUAAACUGAUAAUACCGGACCGUGAUCUACAAAAUGUUGAAUACCAUUCACCGGCACAACAACAGCUUAUGACUCAAGGUGCCGCUUGCAAUGUACUCUUUUUAUUCACAUGCGACACCGAGUCACUAACUGGGCCAGAGGCCAUCCGAAAAGCUGUUUCACUGUUAUACUCGCGUAAACCGUUGCCCAAACCGACCGAAGUUCACUUCAAAGUCACACAACAGGGAAUCACAUUGACUGAUAACACACGUCAACUAUUCUUCAGAAAACAUUAUCCGGCUAGUAAUAUUUCGUUCUGCGGCUUGGAUCCAGACGAUCGACGCUGGAGCAUUCGAGUCACCGGUGAAGUUCCAGUUAGCAACAAGACCAUCUUUGCAUUCGUAGCACGUCGUUCAACCUCAUCCAACGACAAUCAAUGCCAUGUUUUCUGUGAACUGGAACAAAAUCAACCAGCAGCCGCAAUCACAGCAUUUGCCAACAAAGUCAUACCGAGCUACGGAGCUCAACCGUAUCUACGGGAUAUUUGAGGCAGCCUCCCUCACCGGACACAGCGGCUCAAAGUCAAUUUUAUUGACUUGUAAAUAGAAAAUUCACGAAUAAACACUUACCAUAAACAUAGGAACAACAACAAGAACAUAUGAGGGAUUGCACAUUUUUAACAAACGUAGAAAAAAAUGGGACAAUUAAUCAGUUCAAAUGGACAACAUUUAAAUACUUAACAAAUGUAACCUCUAAAACCCACGCAUACACAUGACGCGCACAACACAAAUUACUAAUUUGCUCUUAAAUUAUCGCUCUUUCGACGGGGGCAGCCAAUUGGUGAACAUUAACUCUCGCACUUUCCACGAAACUAAACACUUCAGACAUUUUGGAUCGAAAAUUGAAAAAAAGAGAAAGAGAGUAAAACGGAAUCGUAGGAAACAUAUGAAAAUGAGCAAAAGAUACUGUUUUGGAAACAAAAUUGCAGUCGAUCGUAUCUUUCGAAUGAUUGAUAGAAAAAUAUCUCAUUCCCUAAUCUGGGUGGAUUGAAGAUCAGCGAGUUGCUUUACCAAACCAUAAUAGCCACCGUUUUGUCUGUGACAGAAGCGGAUGGCAUGUGUACGAAAAAAAAAAUUGAAUUUUUUGUGUUGUUUGCGUGUCACCAAACGAAAAUUGCUUUGUAAAAUUAAGCGUGUUUUUAACUGUUUGUAUGUAAUUUCGUGCGAUGUUAAAUUGUAUACAAGCCGUUUGUGCGUGUGACGAAUUGCGAUCGAUCGAUAUUUUUCUUCAUCGAUUUCAUAUGUUGGAUUUCAGAUGGUACGAACAUUGGCCAAUCAUUUCUUUGACAAUGAAAUAUCCUGGUCAACCAGAAUGUACGAAGAAAAAUGGAAUAACAUAUUCAACAACAAAAUAAAAUGGAACAUAUUUGCAACUAGUCGAUUUACAAAUAAAAAAAAAACCUAAAUCAUCAUUGGCACAAGCACAUUCGCACAUCAAUUACAAUUCUACACAAUUAUUAAAGAAAAUCGUGACUAAAUACACUUCACAUCUGUUGGCGAAUUAUUAUUGAUGUUUUUAAAUGUGAAUAUUAAAUGGGCAACAUCAUAAAACAAACUAUAUCAUCAAUUGUCUUCUAGCAAUGUAACGAACUAUUAAUAAUAAUUGAUUAACCAUGAAUCAACACUUGAAUGUAUGUAAAUUAGUACUGAACUCGGUUCUACUUAAAUUCAUUUCGUCUUAGUUGUAUGCACAAUUUUUUUCCUUCUCUUCUUCAGUUUGUGUAUAUUUCUUUCUUUCUUCGUUUUUUCUCUUCAUUUUUGACUUAUUUUUUUUUUUUAAUUUAUUGUAAUACCAAUCCCAUUUCCUUUGGACCCCUUUUUUUUUGUUCGUAGAAAUUUUUACGGUUAAUUUUUAAUUUUACAUUUGUAAGAGCUUAAAUAAAUCCGAAAGAUGUCAAACGGAAAAUGAAAAUCAAAAUAUGUACGACACGUGAAAUCACGUUGAACGACUUAAAAAUCUUUUACCGAACACAUUUCUUUUUAGUUGCGAAUAAAUACAACAAAACAAUAAUAAAAUUAAUAUUAAUGAAUUAUAUAUUUGUAUGAACAUUAUGUAAAGGAAUAAUGUAAUUCAAGGGAAAAUAUCAAAAUAAAAACUACUAAAUUGAAAAAAAAAA